AUGCCUGAGGAAGAGCCCUCGCUCAACAUCCCCUCGCUGCUCACAUUAGCAGUUGUAUCCUUCUUCGUUAUCCGAUGGUUCCUCAAGCGCGAUGGCAGCUCUGAUGGCAGCGGCUCCCGCAGCCGACGCGGGAAUGUGAUUGACCCAGCCCAGGUGGAACAAAUAUCCCAGAUGUUCCCACAACUGAGCACCCGUGAGAUCCUGUGGGAUCUGCAACGGAAUAGAGGAAACGCCGCGGCGACUACGGAGCGGAUUCUCAGCGGACGAGGGCUGGAUACGCCCCCGCCGUCGUUCCAGCCUCCGAUCGCGAUCCCACCUACCGCAGCGACAACCGUACAGCCGUCCGUGUCCGCGAUCUCGUCGAAGGCUGACGGCCAGGAUCUCAUCUCCCGCUACAACCUCAGUUCGAAAGUUAGCGGUGUCCCCGAGAGUACGGCCGAGGGCCCAUCGCAGAAGCCUCCCAGCGGGUGGUCGCAGAGCAAAGAGGAGCGUCAACGCAUGCUCCAAAAGCGGAGGGAUGAUAUGAUUCUGGCGGCUCGGAAGAAGAUGGAGCAAAAGCAGCAGCAGGCCAAGGGAGCUUCGAGCUAG